GAGCAAGGGCUCCAAUUUGAAGGUUUAACCACCUAGGAGUUGAUCAAGGAUGGCUCAAUUUCAAGCUUCUCAACCACUUGAAGGUUUGUAUACCACUAGGCCUCCUUUCUUUGAUGGGACUAACUAUAAUUAUUGGAAGAAUAGGAUGAAGGUCUUCAUGCUUGCAAAUGUGCCCAAGGCAUGGAUUAUGACUGUAAAAGGUCCAUAUGUACCUAUGAAAGUUGUUGGAGAAAGAAAGGUGCCAAAGGAAGAAGUUGAAUGGAAUGAUGAAGACUUGGGGAAGAUCAUGAUCAACAACAAAGCAAUCAACAUGCUUCAAUGUGCUCUCAAUCCAACGGAAUUCCAUAGAGUAUCCGGAUGUGAUACGGCCAAGGAGAUGUGGGACAUGUUGGAGGAGAGCAUUCAAGAUAUGUAUACAAGAUUGAAUGAUAUAGUCACCAAUCUCAAGGCUCUUGGUAAAGUCUAUCCUUCACAAGAAGUGGUGAGGAAAGUUCUUAGAAGCUUGCCUAAGAAUUGGGAAGCCAAGAAGACCACAAUUGAAGAGUCUAAGGAUCUCAACACUCUCAAGCUUGAAGAUCUCAUUGGAAAAUUGAUGACAUAUGAGAUAGAAGUUCAAGUUGAUGGUGGAGUUGAAGUAGAUGAGAAGAAGAAGAAGGAUGUUGCAUUCAAGGCUGGCAACCAAAAGGAAAAGAGUGAAGAUGAUGCUAGUGAUGGUGAAAACAUCUCCACCUUGAUCUCUAGAGAAGUGAGGAGAUUCAUGAAGAAGAACAUCAAGAGCAAGCUUGCAAAAAGAGAUGAAGGAGAGUCUACCAAAAGGAGUGUGAAAUGCUAUGAGUGCAACAAGAUGAGGCACUAUAGAAAUGAAUGUCCCAAUUUGAAGAAAGGCAAGAAAAGCAUGAAGAAGAAAGCUUUUGCUGCCACUUGGAGUGAUGAUGAAACUAGCUCAACGGAAAGUGAAAGCUCCUUGGAGAAUGGUGUUGCAAAUCUUUGCUUCAUGGCUCAAGAAGAUAGCUACAAUGAUGAGGAGGUAAACUCUAACUUCUCUAGUUCAAUUAAUGAAAGUUCAUUUAAGUAUUCUUAUGAUGAUUUAUGAAAAGUUCUUGAUUGCUCUAUGAAUGACAUUAAGAAACUAGGAAAUGACAAUAUUGCUCUUACUAAAACCAUUUCAUUGCUUAGGAAUGAGAUUGAAUCUCUCUCAAAACAAAAUGAGGUUUUAGUU